AGAACGCUGGGGUUGCUGGAGUGGUCGAAUUUUCCCUGGAAUUGAGUGAGAAAUUCAGAAGACUGAAGCCCAGGCUCACUGUCUACCUUUCACGGAGGCCCAGCCGUGAGAGGACAGAAGAAGGCACGUGGCGAAUCAUGACAGCGGACAAAGAGAAGGACAAAGAGAAAGAAAAGGACCGGGACAGAGACCGGGACAGGGAACGGGACAAGAGGGAGAAGGUGCGGGAGAGCGAGAACUCGCGGCCUCGCCGGAGCUGCACCCUGGAAGGAGGGGCCAAGAACUACGCAGAGAGUGACCACAGCGAGGAUGAGGACAACGACAACAACAGCGCCACCACCGAGGAGUCCACGAAGAAGAACAAGAAGAAACCUCCCAAGAAGAAAUCACGCUACGAGAGGACAGACAACGGGGAGAUAACCUCCUUCAUCACAGAAGACGAUGUUGUCUACAGGCCCGGAGAUUGUGUGUACAUUGAGAGUCGCCGACCAAACACCCCGUACUUCAUCUGUAGCAUUCAAGACUUCAAACUGAGCAAACGGGACCACCUUCUGAUGAACGUCAAAUGGUACUAUCGCCAGUCUGAAGUCCCGGAUUCCGUCUAUCAACAUUUAGUGCAGGAUCGACACAAUGAGAAUGAUUCUGGGCGUGAGCUGGUAAUUACGGACCCAGUGAUCAAGAACCGAGAGCUCUUCAUUUCGGACUACGUCGACACCUACCAUGCUGCUGCUCUCAGGGGGAAGUGUAAUAUCUCCCAUUUCUCUGACAUUUUUGCUGCUAGAGAGUUUAAAGCUCGGGUGGAUUCCUUUUUCUACAUCUUGGGCUACAAUCCAGAAACAAGGAGGCUGAACAGCACACAGGGUGAAAUCCGGGUCGGGCCCAGUCAUCAGGCAAAGCUUCCAGAACUGCAGCCCUUCCCUUCAGGAGAGGGCGACACUGUGACGCAGCAUGAGGAGCUGGUCUGGAUGCCCGGGGUCAAUGACUGCGAUCUGCUCAUGUACCUGCGGGCAGCACGGAGCAUGGCAGCUUUUGCAGGGAUGUGCGAUGGAGGAUCCACGGAAGAUGGCUGUGUCGCAGCCUCCCGCGAUGACACUACACUCAACGCGCUCAACACACUACACGAAAGCAACUAUGACGCCGGCAAAGCCCUGCAGCGCCUGGUGAAGAAGCCCGUGCCCAAACUUAUUGAGAAGUGCUGGACGGAAGAUGAAGUGAAACGCUUCAUUAAAGGACUCCGUCAGUAUGGAAAAAACUUCUUCAGGAUCCGAAAAGAGUUGCUUCCCAAUAAGGAAACGGGGGAACUGAUCACCUUCUAUUACUACUGGAAGAAAACACCCGAAGCCGCAAGUUCCCGGGCUCACCGCCGGCAUCGGAGGCAGGCUGUCUUCCGGAGAAUUAAGACCCGAACGGCUUCCACGCCGGUUAACACUCCCUCCAGGCCCCCCUCCAGCGAGUUCUUGGAUCUGAGUUCAGCCAGCGAGGAUGACUUCGACAGCGAAGACAGCGAGCAGGAGCUGAAGGGCUACGCCUGUCGCCACUGCUUCACCACCACCUCCAAGGACUGGCACCACGGCGGGCGGGAGAACAUCUUGCUGUGCACCGACUGCCGCAUCCACUUCAAGAAGUACGGGGAGCUACCGCCCAUCGAGAAGCCGGUGGACCCACCCCCCUUUAUGUUUAAGCCUGUCAAAGAGGAAGAAGAUGGACUCAGCGGGAAGCAUAGCAUGAGGACACGGCGUAGUCGAGGCUCGAUGUCUACACUACGCAGUGGUCGUAAGAAGCAGCCCACCAGCCCCGAUGGUAGAACCUCCCCCAUCAACGAAGACAUCCGGUCCAGCGGCCGCAACUCUCCCAGCGCUGCCAGCACUUCGAGUAAUGAUAGCAAAGCGGACUCUGUGAAGAAGUCCACCAAGAAAAUAAAAGAGGAGGCAUCAUCUCCUCUCAAGAGUUCCAAGCGGCAGCGAGAAAAGGCAGCGUCUGACACGGAGGAGCCUGAAAGAAUCAACGCCAAAAAAACCAAAACUCAAGAGAUCAGCAGGCCCAACUCCCCAUCGGAGGGUGAAGGGGAAGGGGAGAGCUCCGACAGCCGCAGCGUGAACGAUGAGGGCAGCAGCGACCCCAAGGACAUCGACCAGGACAACCGGAGCACCUCGCCCAGCAUCCCCAGCCCCCAGGACAACGAGAGCGACUCGGAUUCGUCGGCCCAGCAGCAAGUGCUGCAGACGACCAACGGCCCCUCCUCCCAGCCCGCGCCCCCUCAUUCCCACAUCCAGCAGGGCCCCGCCCUUCACCCCCAGAGGCUCCCUUCACCUCAUCCGCCCCUGCAGCCUCUGGCCGUGCCCCAGAGCCAGCCCCCGGUCCCCGUCGCCUCUCAGCCGCACCAGCAGCCUCCGCUCCACGGGCAGAUCCAGGCGGUCCCUCACGGCCUCCCCGGACAGCCCCUCCUGCCUCACCCGGCCUCCUCUCAGCCUUUCCCUCUCCCGCCUCCGUCGUCGUCCUCCGCUCAGUCUCAGGUUCCCCUGCAGCCGCCCCACGCGGCGCUGCAGGUCCCGGCAGCCCACCCCCCGAUCCCUCAGCUCCCCACCCCGGCGCACAAGCAUCCCCCCCACCUCUCGGGGCCUUCGCCGUUCUCCAUGAAUUCCAACCUGCCGCCCCCGCCCGCCCUGAAGCCGCUCAGCUCCCUCUCGACGCACCACCCGCCCUCCGCGCAUCCGCCUCCCUUGCAGCUGAUGCCGCAGAGUCAGCCCCUGCAGCCUUCUCCGGCACAGCCCCCCGUCCUGACGCAGAGCCAGAGCCUGCCUCCCUCGGCCAGCCACCCCUCCUCCGGCCUCCAUCCAGUCCCUCCACAGCCCCCUUUCUCCCAGCACCCCUUUGCCCCCGGGGGCCCGCCCUCCAUCACGCCGCCCUCUUGUCCGUCAACUUCCACGCCACCUUCUGUGCCUGGCAUCCCGCCUCAGGCCGCGGUCUCCACGUCGGCGGCUUCCUGCGGAAACGUCCCGGUGGUGGCGUCAUGUACGAUACCUCCCAUCCAGAUCAAAGAGGAGGCCCCGGACGAGGCCGAGGAACCGGAAAGCCCGCCUCCCCCGCCCCGGAGUCCGUCGCCAGAACCGACAGUGGUGGAUACACCGAGCCACGCGAGCCAGUCGGCUAGGUUUUACAAGCACCUGGAUCGUGGCUACAACUCGUGUGCGAGAACGGAUCUCUACUUCAUGCCGCUAACAGGCUCCAAACUGGCCAAGAAGCGGGAGGAGGCCAUCGAGAAGGCCAAGAGGGAGGCGGAGCAGAAGGCAAGAGAAGAGAAGGAGAGGGAGAGAGAGAAGGAGAAGGAGAGGGAGAGAGAGCGGGAGCGUGAGAGAGAAGCAGAAAGAGUGGCGAAAGCAUCCAGCUCCUCCCACGAAGGGCGUCUCGGGGAGUCCCAGCUGAGUGGUCCAGCUCACAUGAGGCCUUCGUUUGAGCCCCCUCCCACCACCAUCGCCGCCGUUCCCCCCUACAUCGGGCCGGACACACCGGCGCUACGGACUCUCAGCGAAUACGCGCGCCCCCACGUUAUGUCCCCCACAAACCGCAACCACCCAUUCUUUGUUCCCCUCAACCCCACCGACCCCCUCUUGGCCUACCACAUGCCCGGCCUCUACAACGUGGACCCCACCAUCCGGGAGCGGGAGCUGCGGGAGCGGGAGAUCCGGGAGCGGGAGCUGCGGGAGAGGAUGAAGCCCGGCUUCGAGGUGAAGCCUCCGGAACUCGACGCGCUGCACCCCGCCACCAACCCCAUGGAGCACUUUGCCCGUCACGGCGCCCUCACCAUCCCCCCCACGGCAGGCCCUCACCCCUUCGCCUCUUUCCACCCGGGGCUGAACCCCCUGGAACGGGAGAGACUCGCUCUGGCAGGCCCUCAGUUGCGGCCGGAAAUGAGCUACCCGGACAGACUGGCUGCCGAGAGGAUACACGCCGAGCGGAUGGCGUCGCUCACCAACGACCCUUUGGCCCGGCUCCAGAUGUUCAACGUGACGCCACAUCAUCACCAACAUUCACACAUACACUCGCACCUCCACCUCCACCAGCAGGACCCGCUCCAUCAAGGUGCAAAUGGCUCGCUCGGCUGCCGGUUCAACCCCUGUAGGCUACUCGUUGGACACCCCCUCUCUCUCUCGUCUGCCAGUUUGGCCCCUGGGGGCUACAGUGGCAUGCCAGGCUCCGCUGAACCAGAGGGACUCCUUGACCACCAGAGCAGAUCUUCAGGGGGCUCAGCCGGACCUGUCCAUCCCCUCGUGGACCCCUUGGCAGCUGGACCCCACUUGGCACGCUUCCCCUACCCACCCGGUACCAUCCCGAACCCGUUGCUAGGACAGCCGCCCCACGAACACGAAAUGCUCCGGCACCCAGUUUUUGGUACCCCCUACCCGCGUGACCUGCCCGGUGCCAUCCCCCCGCCCAUGUCCGCCGCCCAUCAGUUACAGGCCAUGCAUGCCCAGUCAGCAGAACUCCAGAGACUAGCAAUGGAGCAGCAGUGGCUGCACGGACACCCCCACAUGCACGGGGGGCACCUUCCCAGUCAAGAAGACUAUUACAGUCGGCUGAAGAAAGAAGGCGACAAGCAGUUGUAAUAAAUUAUUUAUUGGCCAGGCCAGCUGCAAAAGAGCCCUGUCCUUGGGAAGGCGGCAACAGGGGAGGAGCCCCCAUCACAGAAGGUCGGAGCAGGAGAGGAACUAUCUUCGGAAGACGCGCCUGCCUCUGUUGAUUAAAAAAAAGGAGAAGCCCAAGAGAUAGAGACUUGCAUCAGCGCGUAUAUU